UUAAAAUGGGAAAAGUUAGAGCUACAAAUCAACACCAUCCAAGGCCGAAACUUACCAUCAUCCUUUCUCACUAUCAAUGGAAUCCUUCCAAACACCUGCAGCUUCUUCUGUUUGAUGUUUCCCAAAGUAUUCAAACUUCAGUAACUUCACUUACUAAGUAUCUAAAUGGCUGCUUCUGGUACAAUUCUCUUCUUUUUCACUUAUUUCCUCCUCGUGUUCCUCACUUCUCCUCAUGUCAUCACUUCGUCCCAACCCCAUAAUCUGUCUCUGAGACGACAGGCCAAGAUUCUAGUUUCUCUGAAACAAGAUUUUGUAGCCUCUAUUCCUAGUACUCUGUCUAGUUGGAACAUGUCAAAUUAUAUGUAUCUCUGCUCUUGGAACGGCAUCACAUGUGACGACACCAAAUCAGUAACUUCUAUUGAUAUCUCCAAUCUAAACAUCUCUGGCUCUCUCUCACCUAAUAUUCAUGAGCUUACUACACUUCAAAUCCUGAAUAUUUCCAACAACUUGUUUAGUGGAAAUUUGAGCUGGGAGAUUCCAAGGUUGAAGGCUCUUCAAGUGCUGGAUGCUUAUAACAACAAUUUUUCUGGCCCACUCCCCUUGGUAGUCACUCGACUUCUGCAGCUGAAACAUUUGGAUUUCGGGGGCAACUACUUUUCGGGGCAAAUUCCUUUGGGCUAUGGUAAUUUUAAUCAGCUUGAGUUCCUGUCUCUUGCGGGAAAUGACUUGCGCGGUCCUAUACCUCGUGAGUUGGGCAACCUUACAAACCUCAGAUGGCUGCAAUUGGGUUAUUUCAAUCAGUUUGAUGGGGGAAUUCCACAAGAGUUGGGAAAACUGGUCAAUUUGGUUCAUUUAGACCUUUCCAGCUGCAACUUGGACGGGCCGAUUCCAGCAGAACUUGGUAAUCUUAACAUGUUGGACACUCUCUUCUUGCAAAAAAAUCAACUUACUGGGAUGAUUCCUCCUGAGCUUGGAAAUUUGACGAGCUUGAAAUCGCUUGAUCUUUCCAUCAAUGAACUCACAGGAGCGAUCCCAAUUGAAUUCUCGGGACUCCAAGAGCUCACCCUGUUGAACUUGUUUAUCAACAAUGUGCGUGGUGAGAUUCCCCAAUGCAUUGCGGAGCUACCAGAAUUGGAGGUGCUGAAUCUUUGGCGGAAUAAUUUCACUGGAUUCAUACCUUCGAAACUAGGGAUGAAUGGUAAACUAGUUGAGAUUGAUCUUUCUAGUAAUAGACUCACUGGCUUGAUACCAAAAUCUCUAUGCUUAGGGAGGAAUUUGAGGAUCUUGAUUUUACUUAAUAAUUUUCUCUUUGGACCUUUACCUGAUGAUUUUGGCCAGUGUCACUCUUUGUCCAGAGUCAGAAUGGGGCAGAAUUACUUAAGUGGAUCAAUACCGACAGGGUUCCUUUAUUUGCCAGAGUUGUCACUGGUGGAACUACAGAACAAUUACAUCAGUGGACAACUCUCAAACAAGAAAAGUUCGGUAUCGUCCAAACUUGAAGGGCUGAACCUGUCGAACAAUCGCUUGUCUGGUGCACUUCCCAGUGCUAUUGGAAAAUUUUCAGGCUUGAAGAAUCUUUUAUUAAGUGGAAAUCGAUUCUCAGGCGAUAUUCCUUCUGAUAUAAGCAGACUGAAAAGCAUCUCAAAGCUGGACCUGAGUAGGAACAACUUCUCUGGCAGAAUCCCUCCUGAAAUUGGUAACUGUCUUUCACUAACUUACUUGGAUUUGAGCCAAAAUCAACUUUCUGGUCCUAUCCCAGUUCAAAUUGCUCAAAUUCACAUCCUAACUUACAUCAAUAUUUCUUGGAAUCACUUCAACGAUAGCCUUCCCGAGGAGAUUGGCUCAAUGAAGAGCUUAACUUCAGCAGACUUUUCCCACAAUAACUUAACUGGAUCAAUACCUGAAACAGGACAAUAUUUAUUUUUCAACUCAACUUCCUUCAUUGGCAACCCUUAUCUUUGUGGAUCCUACUUGACUCCUUGCAACAUAACAUCCAACGCACCGUCACAACUUGGUGAUGGAAGUGACAAAAAAGCCAAGGUUCCAACAAAAUACAAGUUUAUAUUUGCAUUUGGACUCUUAGUCUGCUCUCUCAUUUUUGUUGUCCUAGCAAUAAUCAAGACAAGAAAGGGGAGUAAGAAUUCAAAUUCCUGGAAGCUGACAGCAUUUCAAAAGCUCGAAUUCGGAAGUGAAGACAUUUUGCAGUGCUUGAAAGAUAACAACAUCAUAGGAAGAGGUGGAGCAGGGACAGUGUAUAGGGGAAACAUGCCAAAUGGUGAUCAUGUGGCAGUGAAGAAGUUGGGAAUUAGCAAAGGUACCCAUGACAAUGGUCUAUCUGCUGAAGUUAAAACAUUAGGAAAGAUCAGGCAUAGGUACAUUGUUAGACUACUGGCAUUUUGUUCAAACAAGGAAAUCAAUUUGCUGGUUUAUGAGUAUAUGCCAAAUGGUAGCUUAGGUGAAGUGCUUCAUGGGAAGAACGGCGGACUUCUCCAGUGGGACACUAGGCUAAAAAUAGCCAUAGAAGCUGCUAAGGGCCUUUCUUAUUUGCACCAUGAUUGCUCGCCUAUGAUAAUCCACCGCGAUGUCAAGUCCAAUAAUAUAUUGUUGAAUUCAGAACUGGAAGCUCAUGUUGCAGAUUUUGGAUUAGCCAAGUACUUGCAGAAUAAUGGUACCUCAGAGUGCAUGUCUGCAAUUGCAGGCUCGUAUGGCUACAUUGCUCCAGAAUAUGCAUACACGCUGAAAAUUGAUGAGAAAAGCGACGUAUAUAGCUACGGAGUGGUAUUAUUGGAGCUCAUAACAGGACGAAGGCCAGUGGGGAAUUUUGGAGAAGAAGGAGUGGACAUUGUGCAAUGGGCCAAAAGGGAAACUAAUUGGAGCAAAGAAGGAGUGGUCAAAAUAUUGGAUGAGAGGCUUAAAAAUGUUGCAACUGCAGAAGCGAUGCAAGUAUUUUUCGUGGCAAUGCUGUGUGUUGAAGAGUACAGCGUAGAGAGGCCCACCAUGCGGGAAGUAGUCCAGAUGCUUUCUCAAGCUAAACAACCAAAUACUUUCCAAAUCCAAUGAUGUUUCCCAUAUAAUUGAUCAUCUAGCUAAUCGUGGGAUCGAAUAAUUAAUCAAGCAGCAGAAGCUACUAAUUCUUAUAUAUCUUUUUUAAUUAUCAUUAUUCACGUAGUUUCCUUUCUUUUUUUUUCUUUUUUUUUAACUUGUGUGCCUGAGGAAACCCUUUUGUCAUUUGCUAGCUUUGCAAAUGUGAAAUUAGAAAUUAAUUGAAGUGAGCAGUUGCUAUAUGGUUAAAUGUUAGAGAAUAAUCAGUACUUAACUAA